GAAUCAAGUAUCAAGUGGGGAAGGUAUAUCGAAAACACUGAUCCUUGUUCUAAAUGUUUCCUGAUAAAGCCCUUUUUUUGGGUUCUGUAAAAACUGACCGUAUAGCAAUGACUGAUCAUCAAGUGAUGGAGGGGAGUGAUAAUGAUAAAGAAAACCUCAAGAGAGGCGAUUUCUAUACGGACUCCAAGUUGAAAGAUAUUCUAAACCAUGCGUAUUUUGUGCCUUUGCCUGAUAGUAUUACUCAAGAGGAGUCAACUGGCAUUUUUCGACAACGGAUCGUCCCUUUUAAUGCUCCUCUUUGGUUUGUACAAAAAAAAAGGGCGUUGAACGAUGAGCAAAUCGACAGCAAUAAAGUUGAGGGAAACGCUAUUAGCAACAGUAAUGUUACGACUUUCUACGCUGAGACCCCUAGAAGAACAACUGUAAAUGAUGCUGAAGUCGAUAAUGAUAUUGAUGUGGAGCUUGACGAUGGAAUAACGAGCCUAAAUGAUGAAAGUAACGCUAAUGUUGGCGAAGAAAGCGUUAAACCUGCAAUAAAGGAAGAAGAAAGUAUACAGCUCAUUUUGAAAGAUGAGGAUGAGCCGUUGCUGGAUAUUGAAGGUGAUGACGACGUGAUGGAUCACGUACAACCAUGGAAAAUUAGAUUAAUGGAGCAACCAAAACGAACAAUGACGGCUAGUCGUGAAAAUCCACCAGAGCCAAUAGCAGCCUGUUUUGUUCCCAAUAAUAUUACUAAGCAAAAUACAAACGAAGUAAUUAGCCUCAAUCAAUUUCAAACGAGCCCACAACGGUCUGUAAUAUCAUCUGAUGGUGAUGCUAGUAGGCCUAAAAAGAAAAAGAAAACUGUAUCCUUUGCUUUUUAAUAAAUAUCGCAUCAAUUUUCUGCUCUCGCGUGUCAGUGCUGGCCGCUGUCAUUCAAACCUGGAUUGUUAGAGAGCAGUCAUAACCCUAGUUAACAAAAUUCGUCUUUUUUUGACAGAUAAACAACCCC